AUGAUAACUCCUGAUCAGAUCAAAGAAAUUUACACACAGAUUCUCGAAGCACUUCGGGUUGUGAAGAUAGCAAGCAUGUCCGGCAUCUGGGAUCUUUUGGAGUUUGACAGUUGGGAGAUUCUUGAGGGUUUGCAGCCGAAAACAAUGAAACAACUUUGGGGACUUCUCGCUAUUUAUGUGGUAUGUUCGAUUGCACAGGGUUUAUAUAUUGAACCUACUCAAAUACGAAAAGAGCUUUUCGCCAUGGGAAUGAAGCCUAAAUACGUAGAAGAGUACAUUGCAUUGGAGGCAAAAUCACAAAAGGACCAAGUAACCUUUGAAAAUGAUCCUGCUAAACUCAGGGAAAUCAAGCAAGCCAAUAAAAAGAAACUCUACAAGUUCAUGGAUAACUCUCCUGGACAAGAAAUGUAUUGGCUGGAUAUUUGGAUGGAAAAGAAUCAUCGUUAUAAUUUGUUUUGA